AUGGACCAGCGGGGAGGGGUUUCCGACGAGGGAGCAAAUUCUUCAAAUGUCUCCCCCUCGGUGUUAAUAGGCCUAGGAAUAACUUUUCAAAACACAAUUGAAGGAACUCGCAACACUUCCGGUGUUGCUGGAGAAAGUAGCCAGCAACAAGCCAAUGAACGAAAUGGAGUGAAUAGAACAACCAUCAUCACAGUGGAUAUACAUAUCGACGACGAUAACCUCUCAACCAUAUACACCAACACGAACAGUAACGCAUACGCCAACACAUACAUAGACAGCGACGUCGAGAGCACAGCAGCUGUUGAACACUGCACUAAGACGCCCAAAUGCCUCCAGAAAGUCCACCGCUUCAUGAAGGGAAGCCCGCUCCAACGCCUCCGCCAUAACAUCGAAAUCUGGAAAUGGGAACGCUCUCAAAAGAAAUCCGUCGCAUAUCAAGAACAGCAACAGAAAAAAGCGAUCCAGAAAGAACAAGAUGAGCAUCUUAACUUUGAGAGGAACCAAGCGAGACAAGCGAAGGAGUAUAUUAAUGAGAUGAAGAACAGGGAAACAGAGGGACGAGUGGGGUAUAGAGGGAGUCGAUCGAGGAGGGAGGCGGUUGGGAAUGGAACUUGGUGGGAGAAGUUUGGGAAGAGGAAGAUUCAGAGGGAGAGGAGAGAGUGGGAGGAGGGCAUGACGUGGGAAGUGUUGAAGGAGAGGCGUAGGAUGCUUAGGGAGGGGGAUGGGACGUUCACUACUAUUGUGAGGACGUCGGCGGAGGUGAAGGAGGAUGAGAGGAGGAGGUUGGAACAUGCGAGGGACUAG